GCCGCUCCGGUCCCUGAAGACGGUGGUCUGAAAGGAAAAAAAUAAAAAAUAAAUAAGCGACCCCACCCCUUCCUUUUUUUCUUGGCUACUGGGCCCCCACCCCCUCCCCUCCCAUCCCGCGAGAAGAGCUCAAGCGCAGAGGCAAAAUGUUGACAAGGCUUUUCAACGAUCCCUCACUGCUCCCCGACGUGCAGAAAUAUUCGGGCUGGGCGGACGACAGCGACGACGAAAAGAUCAAAGAGGACGACGGCGACACGCGGGAUAACAUGGACGCCUCCUCCGAAAUGCUGGGCGGGAGCCGGACACACUCUGAGCACGCCGGCGAAGAUGAGGAUGAUGAGGAUGAGGACGACGGUGCCGAGGACGAUGAGUGCGACGGUGACGACACGGAGGGCGAGCGCCCUAAGAAGCGGGGCCCCAAGAAGCGCAAGAUGACGCAGGCCCGCAUUGAGCGCUCCAAGAUGCGCCGCAUCAAGGCUAACGCCCGCGAGCGCACCCGCAUGCACGACCUCAAUUCGGCGCUGGACAACCUGCGCAAGGUGGUGCCUUGCUACUCCAAGACGCAGAAACUCUCCAAAAUCGAGACGCUGCGCCUGGCCAAGAACUACAUCUGGGCCCUGUCGGAGAUCCUGCGCUCGGGCAAGCGACCGGACCUGGUGUCCUAUGUCCAGACCUUGUGCAAGGGUCUCUCGCAGCCCACCACCAACCUGGUGGCCGGCUGCCUGCAGCUCAACUCGCGAAACUUCCUGACCGAGCAGCAGUGUCCCGAGGGGGGCCGCUACGGCUCGGGUUCUUUCGCCAUGCACUCGUACCCGUACCAGUGCGCCCGACUGUCCAGCCCGCACUGCCGCCAGGGCUCGAACUCGCACCCGCUAGGCUCGCACGGCUACUGCCCCGCGUACGACUCGGCUUAUGGCGGCGGCGGCGGGUCCCCGGAGUACAACAGCCCCGAGUAUGAGGGGCCCCUCAGCCCGCCGCUGUGUGUCAACGGGAACUUUGCCCUCAAGCACCAAGGCGCGGCGUCACCCGAACACGACAAGGCGUACCACUACUCUAUGCACUACUCGGGCCUGCCCGGCUCCAGGGCCGGCGGGGGCGGCGCCCACAACCUGGUGUUCGGCUCAUCGGGGGCACGCGGCGCCAUUCAUUCGGAAAACGUUCUGCCUUACCACGACAUGCACUUGCACCACGAGCGCGCGCCCGCCUACGACGAACUUAAUGCCUUUUUCCACAACUAAACCCGAGCGCUAGGGCGCCCCCUUGCUGCCCACAAUCUUAACUCACGCUUCAUUAAUUUGACUUUUUUUUUCUCGUUGGUUGGAAUCGUCAGGGAAAUGAUUCGUGAAAACAUGUGCUACCACUUGACACCGAGAUGUGUAAUGUACACUUUUAUUUUCAAACGAGAUGCAAAA